CUUGGCCCACGUGAACUUGCUCUACCCGUCGACUGGAUCAGUGAAACUUUACCUCCAAAUAACACAACAAAUUCAUCAAUCGCAUCAGCAGCACAAUUGUCACAGCAGCAGUCAAAAAUAAUGAAUGUGGUAGUACCAAACGUGGCAUGUACGCCAGCUGCUACUAAAAAAAUACGAAGAAAGCCUGAAAAUAAGGUGAGUACUGCUCCUCAAUCACAAAUUAAUAAAUGCAACAAUGAAAAACGACGUCGCGAACUAGAAAACGAAUACAUUGAACAGCUGGGAGAAUUUUUGCAAAUUAAUAAGCGGGAUAUGACCGCAUGUAAGCCCGACAAAGCUGCAAUUUUAAGUGAAGUUGUUAAAAAGUUUCGCAGCUUAUUGGAGCAACGAGCUCGUGAAAAUUCUUCUCAAGGAAGAAACUGUAAUAAAUGUCCAGCUGGAUGCAGUGACUCUUGCACAAUACAUCCAGUACAACAAGGAGAAGUCUCAUCAACUGAACCGCCAUUACCUGAACCAUCGAUUAACGGCCACUCACCUGAAAAGUCUGCAUACUUUGAAGCCGUUCAACAUUAUAUUAGUAACGUUGGUUGGGCCUUACUUGAAAUUAAUUCAGAAGGCUACAUUGAAUGUGCUACGGAAAACGUAAGGGAAGUUUUACAAUAUUCAAGACAAGAAUUGUGUGGACAACCGAUUUAUUCGUACCUGCAUACUGGUGACCAUAAUAAAAUAAGUCCAAUUCUCGAUAAAAAUACAUUAAGUUUUGAUUGGGAACACGAUGAGGGUUCACAUACAUUUGCACAAACCCCAAAGCGUACAGUAAGAAUUAGAUGGCUUUUGAAAUCACCAGAAGAAACACUUGAACAAAGACAGCAACGUUCGAAUCGUUAUAAAGAUAUAUUAAUUAUCUCAGCUCCUGUUAAAGACGAUACUGAUGAGUCGUCCUCGGUGUUGUGUCUCAUUACACUACCCGAAGACGAUCAAUCAAUGGAUACAAAUAUGCCACCAUUAAAUGAACAGCUUACGAUUCGUAUUGAUUCCGAUGGUAAAAUUAUAAAAGUGGAUGCGUCACAAUUGCGAGCACAAUUUGCCACAUUUUUAACCAAAGAAAUUGGACACGGAAUUACUCAGCUUGUACAUCCACAAGAUCGACAACGGCUCUUGUUGCAUUUAAAGGAAGUUAUUCAGCAGGGCCAAACCGAUGCUCAAAUAACAAAUUAUCGAUUAAUGAUUGGUCCAGAACAUUAUGUACAUACAAAAGUUCAAUCAAGAAUGUUCAGAAGUGACGUUGCUGGCGAACCAGAUUUCGUAAUGGCAAUCCAUGAGAUUCUAUCAGACAGUGAAAUUAUGAAUAUUGAGGGUGCAAGCUUCUCGGGAAUGAUUCCAAGUAUGAAUCAUACAAUGUCAGCACAAGGUAUGCUGAUGAAACAACAUACCCAAGGACUCGGUAUUGGUGGACCGUUGCUUGGAAGUCACAUCAUUAACGGUGGUUCAUUGUCACAAAUAUCACCAAGACACAGCCAAAAUGCUCUAUUAAAUGAUACUCCAAUGAUACCUGCACCAAAUUUCAGUGAAAUCUUCCAACCCGAAUUUGAUUUUGAUUUUACGAGUCCAGCAUUCGAUAUUGAGAACCAACUCAUUGACUCGAGACCAGAGUCUCGUGCCAGUAUGGGAUCUGUUAGUACACCACGUCCAUCAUCAGCUACAGCCGCAUUUAGUCCAGCUACAGCACCAAUGUGUCCAUCACCAUUAACACCCUAUAGCCAGCCAAGUCCUGCUAGCAUUACAAACAAUAACAAUACAACAAUGACUAAUAAUAAUUUGACUAAUAAUAAUAACAACAAUAAUAAUGCAGCAUGUGGUAGCAAUAAUACAUCAUCAGGAUUCAAUAGUGCCGGUUCAAAUCAUUCAGGAUCGUUCCAGUUUAGCUUCGAUGAAAAGGAGAAGGUUCAGGAACAAUUGCAAAAGAUGCAACAAAAACAACAGGAAAAUAAUACUUCAGAACGUUUGAGAAACUUGCUAAUGAAGAGUCCAGUUGAUGAUGAACAGCAACGAAAGAAUCAAAUAUUGAAGACUUUAUUGAACGCUGACGACGAAAAGGAUGGUUCGCAAAAGCACAAAAUGAAUCCAUUGACAGAAUUUAAUCAACAUCCAACUCAACGACCAAGAUCUGUUACAUCAGGUGUAAAAAGUGAUAACAAUAUGUUGUUACAGUUAUUGAACGAAAAGUCCGAUGAGGAUGAUUCCAAUAGUAAGCACAGCGAACUCUUGAAAUGCUUACAAAAUCCAACAAAAGACCAGAGAGAAUUGAAUAAUAAUGGAGAUCUAGAUAAUGAGGCCUUGAAGCAGCGCCUUCGCUUCCAAGGUAGUUUCGAGGGAAACAGUCGUAAACGUCCUAGUGAUGAAUCGGACGAUGGUAAUCCUGGUGCACCGAAAAGUCGAUUAUCAAACUUACAACAAAAGAAUAGAAUGUUGGCGCAAUUACUUGCUGGUCCUAGUCGUCCAUUAAAUACAUCAGCGCUAAGCAACUUGCAAAGUAUUUCUGUUGUACGACAAAUGCCUGAUAUUGCGCAUCUUUCAGCCAAGCAACUCUCAUUGGAUAAUCAGCAACAAGCAUCUACACCAAAUCAAAAUAUUCCAAAUAAUAAUAGUAAAACCAUGAACAAUAAUAAUAAUUCAGUUACAAAGAAUAAUAACCUUAAGACGAGUCAACAGCAAAAGAGUAGACAACAGAAUUUAAUUCGACAGCAGAGCAUGCCGAGUGGUAAGAAUUUAAAGCAAAUGGGCGAGCAUGUUUAUUUGGCACAAUUGCAGAGCCAUCAACAGCAGCAAAUGGCGAUGAGUAGAGCCGCAAAUGUGCUUACCUCAAGUGCAAACAGCCAAAGUCCCUUUGACGGAGGUGACGGCAAUCAAUUUGUUACAUCAUCACCAGCUAUUACGUUAGCAGCAGCCUCUUCAUCUUCCACAAUCCAAUCCGAUUCCGUAAUCGAUCCUGAACUCAACGAUAUUCUCGAAAAUUUAUUCGACGAUGGAAGUUACAACGAAGAUCCUACGAUGAAUUUUUUACAAAAUGUUAAUAAUAUUAAUAAUAAUGCGCAGCUUAAGCAACAAGAAGAGUUGGCACAGAUUAAUAAAAUACAGCAAUCUUUAAUGGAGUGUGAGGAUGAGGCAAAUUUUAGCGGUAGUCCACCGGCAUAUCCAUUAGCAGCAUUAACUGCACAAGCACGACUUCAACAAGCUGGAUACUCGCAACCUCCACCAGGAUAUAACCAACAACGUAAUAUUCGUUUGCCACAAAUGAGCAGCGUGACGAGCAAUAACAGUAAUAAUACUAGUAAUAACAAUAAUAUUGUGACCAAUUCAAAUACCACAGCUGCUGCUCAGACAACUAACAUCCAAAAGAAUAUCAACACAGUUCUUGCUGAGCGAUUUCGUUUACAGCAGCAGCAACAAUUGGAACAAAAGCAUCGAUUAUUACAGCAGCAACAGAAUCAACAGAUUGUUGUGACAGCUGGUGCUGAUCAGAUGUGUCUCCCAAAUACUGGAGUACAAAGUAUUGAUUCCUUAUUGAACAAUACAGUCGCGCCAAAUGUAACAUUAACAAGUCGUGGUAAAAUGGUGCCUGACUCACAACUUAGUCCCAACUUCCCUCAGUCUCUCAUGCAUCAACAAUUAAGUCCAAAUCAACAAAGAACUAAUAAUAUUGUUCCAUUUAGCUCUCAAGCCAAUCAAACCUUUCAACAAAAUUCAUUUAAUACAAAUGGUGGUCAACGACUCUCACCUCAACAACAACAGCAACAACAAAUAAAUCAGCAACUCAUCAAUACCUUCCAAGCGGCUAAUGCUGCGAAUGCUACUAAUGCAUCGCAAUUAUCGCCACGUCAACCUCCUUUCAAUCUACAACCAAAUACACAAGUGCAAGCCACUCAAGCCAAUUGGAAUCAACAACAGCAACCUAAUAAUAUAAGAUUGAGCUUGCAGCAGACUAAUCCGAUGCUUAAUGCUCAGUUGAACCAACAAAACGUCAAUACCUUCACAAAUCAACGACAAAUGAUCGCUCAGCGACAAAGGUCCUUAAACUCACCAGGAACGCCUGUCCGACAAAAUAGUUUCAACAGUUCCGACUUCCCCGAACCUCCAAGUCCAUCCGCUCAGCAACAAUAUAGUAAUAAUAUUUUUAAUCAACAACAAAUGAGACUUCAAAGAACACAGAGUGUCCCUCAGGCUACCCAACAUUUGCCAGGCUCGCCACGUCCAUACGGACCGGGUCUGACAGAUAGCCCGAGUGGCUUCCCUCACUCUCACAAUAUGAUGUAUUCUCCGGGGGGUGGUACUGACUUUUACAGAGUUAAUCAGACUGGUGGACAAAAUAAUGGUCUCAAUUCACAAAUGGUGCGACAAGGCUUACGAGCUGUUGUAAGUGGACGACAAACGGUGGGAAAUGGGAGUGGGGCAAAUAAUGGCAUACGAAGAAAUAUGAGUAGUCCAUUAGACACGCUAGUGGGAGGACCGAAUGGAAAUGGCAACUUAGUUGAGACAAAUACGAAUCCAAACAAUCCAAAUAACAAUCUUAUGAUUAAUCAGCAACAACAACAACAACAAACACAGCAGCAACAAUUGCCUAAUCAAAUGAUCAAUGCCGAUAUGGAUCCAACGAUGAGAUUCGGUUUUGAGAUGCCACAAGGUACAACAAACGUUGAAACCAAAUUGACAGCUCCUCCUACUCAAUGUUGGAGUGGUGGAAACUCAAACAAUUCACGGAUUUCUUUGGAGGAACGAACCGGUGACCCGAACAGUUCACUUCUCCGUCAAAAGCUACUCUCAGACUAG